AUGCAAGAGGAUCUGAUCCGGGAGAUCCGGGUCGAUCGGAUGAAGCAGGCCCAGAAGGAAGAAAUCUGGAUCACCGGCAUGAAGAAGUAUCUGAGUGGCUGCACGUGGAAGCAAGCUCGAUUUACUCUUCUACUGCCCCCCAUGCCGAGAUCGGGGGACGAUCGCGACCAAUUGCUGAGAUUGGUAGUUCCCGAAACGCUGCAAUCGGACGUCUUACACCACUAUCACACCACGUUGGAAGGAGGACAUCAGGGAGUAUUCCGGCGAUUUGGUGCCAGUGAGAUGAUCCGGCAUGAUCGAGAACCCGGCUUCAUGUCCGAUUUCUUCCGGACGUUUAAGAAGAUCCUGGGACAGCGGGGCGUGCUACGAUGGCGUAUCGGCCACAAGCUAACGGGACUGCUGAGAGAAUGGGCCCUCAAGAUGUACGUCCGCGAUCUCGAUCAGAAGGAUUGGGACGAAUACGCAGAGCGCCUUACUUUCGCGAUCAACACGGCUCACGAUCGGAUCCGGGGAGAUACCCCUCACUAUUUGGUGGAUGGGUGGGAUCCGAGAUCGACGCUGGAGGCUACACUGCCGGUCGGAUGCACGAGACGGCGAUAUCGAGAUGCGCGGCGAUGGCGAUAUCGAGUCCAGCGAUAUUAUCAGCAAUACCGAGAACAAGUCAAUGCCAGAUUGAAGGAGGCCAUGGCAGAUCGGGCCGACCGACACAACGAGGGCGUCAGAUCACACCAGAUCGAGGCCGGAACUCGCAUCUUGUUAUAUCUAGAUCGGGUGAAGGAAGGAUAUGCGGGGAAAUUGGCUCACCUGUGGCAUGGGCCGUUCCGAGUCGCUGAGAAGAUCAACGAAUGCAGCGUCAAGCUCGAGAUCGCGGGUACCGGGUAUCCGAUCUUCCCAGUAGUUCACGUGUCGAAGUUGAAACUGGUCAAGGAUUUUCCGGAUCGGCCGCGAGUGGAACUUACAGUAGAUGAAGCGGAUCGUCUCGAUCUCGACGAGAUCCUGCUCCCGGAGGACAGUUGGGUCCCGGAUCUAGGGGCCGAUGAGUAUGAAGUCGAGCGGAUCUCUGAUGUGCGGAGUGGGAUGAAGACGCGAUCUGGUCGGAUCUAUCAAGAAUUUAUGGUGCAUUGGGUAGGAUAUGAUGAGCCGACCUGGGUCGGCGAAGCGGAUCUCAACUGCGGGGCAAUACUGAACGCAUUCCUGCGAGGACGGGCUAAUCGGAACCGUUUCAAUGUGAUGCAAUCACAUGAGGAGAUGUAA